GGUCUGCGAGUUCCGGCUGGUGGAGAACUGAAGCGUUUCAUCAACAGCUGAUUGACACAUCAGAACGUCAAAACCACUUUUCGUUAGUUUCCUUUCUUUCCGCUGUUUUAUCCGAACUUUUUGCGCUCUUGGCGCAGCAGCUCGGUGCGCCAUGACCGCACGUCGUUUUGCAUUUGCGCCUGUGGUUUGCACACGGUGCAAACCGCGGUAGUCACACGGCUGCAUCAAACCUUCAGUUGUUUGCGCCCCGCAGCUUCUGAGAAACAAACUUGUGCGGCUCUCAGGAGGCGCAGCAACAGUUUCCAGGAGCUUCUCCUUCAGGACGGAAGCCACAAGCUGCUGAUUUUAACUUUAUUCUGUAAAGUUUGACUUUCUUUCCCCCCCAGACUGUCCUGUUCAAACAGAUGAAUCCGGAAAAAGUGCCCCUGUUGACAGAAACGCAGAGCUCCAACACUCUGCCUGGAAGCCCGCCAAACCUGGAGGGGCUGCAGGGAGGCGCCGAGCAUUGCCAUGACAACAGCCGGGCGCAGGAGGAUCGAGAGACGGAGAAGAAAGUAGCCAAAAGGAGGUUGUAUGUGGUUUCCGUCAUCUGCCUGGUCUUCAUGGUGGCUGAGAUCGUCGGUGGUUACCUGGCCGGAAGCCUGGCGGUGAUGACGGACGCCGCUCACCUGCUGACUGACCUGACCAGCUUCCUCAUCAGCCUGUUUUCUCUUUGGCUCUCCUCAAAGCCGGCGACUCAGAAACUCAGCUUUGGCUGGCACCGUGCAGAGAUCCUGGGGGCGCUGUUGUCUGUCUUCACCAUCUGGCUGGUCACGGGAGUGUUGGUGUAUCUGGCGGUGGAGCGCCUGGUGACUGAUGACUUCACCAUCGAGGGCAGCAUCAUGCUCAUAACCUCUGGGUGUGCGGUGGUGGCCAACAUCAUCAUGGCGGUCACCUUGCACCAGUCUGGCCAUGGUCACAGCCACGGUGGGCUCGGCUCACAUGGACACUCCCACGAGAAUGGAAAACCCAAUAAGCAGAUGUCAAACAGCGUCCACUCUGAGCUCAUAGACAUGGAGCAGAGCCUGCCGGAUCACGGUGGGAGGACUCAGCAGGCCAACGCAAGUGUGCGGGCAGCGUUCGUGCACGUGAUUGGAGACCUUCUCCAGAGCAUUAGCGUGCUCAUCAGCGCCAUUGUCAUCUUCUUUAGGCCAGAAUACAAGAUAGCUGACCCCAUCUGCACAUUCCUGUUCUCCAUUCUGGUCUUGUGCACAACCUUCACCAUCAUGAGAGACAUCCUGCUGGUUCUGAUGGAAGGAACGCCGUCGGGGGUGAAGUACAGUGAAGUGAGGGACCGUUUGCUGGCUGUGAAGGGGGUCACGGCGGUCCACAACCUUCACAUCUGGGCUCUGACUAUGAACCAGGCGAUGCUCUCAGCACAUGUCGCUAUAGAUGAUUCCGCUGAUGCCCAGAUGGUCCUGAGGGAGAUGACACAGGCCUGUUUCUCCUCCUACAACUUCCACUCCGUCACAAUUCAAAUGGAGAGACAAGCCGACCUCAAACCGGGAUGUUCGCUGUGUGAAAACCCCAAGAAGUAGAAAACCCGCAGCAGUUUUUAUUAAAGCAUGACAAAAAAUGACAAUAAGGUGCUUUUUUUGUUUUUGAGGAGGAUGACACUAUGUUUUAAUUGUUUAAUUUGGCAAUGUGCAUAUUCUGUGAAACUUAACCUUAAAGUACUUUACUCCUCCUUAACUACUUCUUUAUUAUUUUUGUUUUUUUGCAUUUGCUGUUUAUUAAGUUAUAUUGUUAAUGCAUUACGGUAUAUAUAAAUUUGGUGAUAAAUAAGGUUAUUUCCCCUCCUAAAACUGAUGUGUAUCUCUAAAAUGGUUUGCUCUAAAAGUGCCACAGAGGUUUCACAAGGACCUCAGGAAGUGGUGUAACCAUGGAAAAAAUAGUCAUUUAAAUUCUGGUUGACCCUUUGUCGUCAGGAACCUUUAAGAGUUUUUUUUUCUUCCUACUUUACAAAUUUUGCCCCACCACAUACUCAAAAACUCACCAACAUUUGUGAGCAUCUAGUACCUGGUGGCAAGGAUUUUGUAAAAAGAUAGAUGACCUCACAGCAGGAGAAACUGCCAAAAAUGUGAAUGGGACAAAAUCUCUUUUGGUGCUUUAAAAAUAUUUCGAAAGCCACUAAUGAAACCAAAACACUUGCUGGGGGUAUAAAGGAAAUUCUAAAAUUAUUAUGGGAUGUCCACUGGAGUGGACCUUUUAUCAUUUUUUCCACAAUAUGGAAAAAGAAAACUAUUAAGUGUGUUUCCAAGGAAAUCCAAAAAUGCACUUUUGCCGAUUCUUCUAAAAAUUCCACAGACCUGUUGUUCAACCCCGGGCAGCCAAAAAGUCAAAUGGUUGCUAUGGAGAUAAACCAACAGACAAUGCCCCUUGCAGCUUUAUUUUUGCCUUUGACAGUUUCUGGUUUUAAAGCUUGAUAUGUUUCUUUUUUAGUUCUAUUUUCAUUAUAUUACUUGAUGAUUCCACAAUGCACCAGAAACUGAACAAAUAAAACCCUCAAUUACAAGUACCGUA